CCACCGCUAAUUUGUUUAUGCGAAAAAAACCACGCAAGUCCAAAGCGAUUGGAUUUGUUGCAGUAGGCUGUCUGUGCGUGACGUCGGCCUUUCCGUGAUUAAUUAACCGGAAAAUGUUGCGCAUACGUCGACGCUUUGCCUUGGUGAUAUGCUCCGCCUGCCUACUGGUUUUUCUCAGCCUGUACGUGAUUCUAAACUUUGCGGCGCCGGCAGCAAAUCAGAAAAAGCCUAACUAUGUGGCCAUCGAGGACAAACUUCAGAAGCUGGAAAAUGGCCUGCAGGAGCACGGCGAGGAGAUGAGAAGCCUGCGGGCUCGUCUGGCUAAAACAGCGAACAGGGAGGAGCCAAUAAGGGCUCCACUGAAGAGUCCUCGAUCACCAAAGACAGGAGAAUGUCAGGAUGUGGUCCAGGAUGUACCGAAUGUGGAGGUACAAAUGCUGGAGCUCUACGAUCGCAUGUCAUUUAAGGACAUCGAUGGCGGUGUAUGGAAACAGGGCUGGAACAUCAAGUACGACCCUCUAAAGUACAACGCCCAUCACAAACUCAAAGUCUUUGUGGUGCCGCACUCCCACAACGACCCUGGAUGGAUCCAGACAUUCGAGGACUACUACCAGCACGACACAAAGCAUAUCCUAUCCAAUGCUUUAAGGCAUCUUCACGAGAAUCCUGAGAUGAAGUUCAUCUGGGCAGAGACGUCGUACUUUGCAAGAUUCUACCACGAUUUGGGAGAAAACAAGAAGCUGCAGAUGAAGUCCAUUGUAAAAAGUGGGCAGCUGGAGUUUGUGACUGGAGGAUGGGUGAUGCCAGACGAGGCCAACUCCCACUGGCGGAAUGUGCUGCUGCAGCUGACCGAGGGCCAGACCUGGCUGAAGCAGUACCUAAAUGUGACUCCCACUGCCUCCUGGGCCAUAGAUCCCUUUGGCCACAGUCCCACGAUGCCGUACAUCCUGCAGAAGAGCGGCUUCAAGAACAUGCUUAUCCAGCGAACUCACUACUCAGUGAAGAAAGAGUUGGCUCAACAGCGGCAGCUGGAGUUCCAUUGGCGACAGAUUUGGGACACCAAAGGUGACACGGCCCUCUUCACCCACAUGAUGCCCUUCUACUCGUACGAUAUUCCACACACUUGCGGUCCGGAUCCCAAGGUGUGCUGCCAGUUUGAUUUCAAGCGAAUGGGCGCAUUUGGAUUAAGUUGCCCAUGGAAGAUACCACCCCGAGCUAUUGUAGAUGGAAAUGUGGCAAUACGCUCGGAUAUGCUGGUUGAUCAGUGGAAGAAAAAGGCCGAGCUGUAUCGUACAAACGUAUUGCUGAUUCCCCUAGGCGACGACUUCCGCUUCAAGCAGAACACCGAGUGGGAUGUGCAGCGGGUUAAUUACGAGAAACUCUUUGAGCACAUCAACAGCCAGGCGCACUUCAAUGUGCAGGCACAGUUCGGCACACUCCAUGAGUACUUUAAUGCAGUGCAUCAGGCGGAAGAGGCGGGUCAGGUUGAGUUUCCCACGCUGAGUGGCGACUUUUUCACAUACGCCGAUCGUUCGGACAACUACUGGAGUGGCUACUACACAUCUCGUCCGUAUCACAAGCGCAUGGACCGUGUGCUGAUGCACUACGUUCGCUCUGCAGAAAUGCUAUCCGCUUGGCACUCUUGGGACGGAAUGGCGCGCAUCGAGGAGCGUCUAGAGCAGGCUCGUCGGGAACUGUCGCUGUUCCAGCAUCACGAUGGCAUCACUGGCACUGCCAAAACGCACGUUGUACAGGACUACGAGCAACGCAUGCAGGAGGCUCUAAAGGCUUGUCAACUGGUGAUGCAACAGUCGGUCUAUCGCCUGCUCACCAAGCCCUCAAUCUACAGUCCGGACUUUAGCUUUUCGUACUUUACGCUUGACGACUCACGCUGGCCGGGAUCGGGCGUGGAAGAUAGCCGCACCACUAUUAUAUUGGGCGAGGAUAUACUGCCCACCAAGCAUGUGGUGAUGCACAAUACGCUGCCCCACUGGCGAGAGCAGUUGGUGGACUUCUAUGUGUCCAGUCCAUUCGUGAGUGUCAGCGAUCUGGCAAACAACCCAGUGGAGGCUCAGGUGUCACCUGUAUGGAGCUGGCAUCACGACACUCUGACGAAGACCAUCCACCCACAAGGCUCCACAACCAAGUACCGCAUCAUCUUCAAGGCACGAGUACCGCCUAUGGGAUUGGCCACUUACCUUCUGACCAUUUCCGAGUCCAAACCAGAACACACCUCGUACGCCUCGAAUCUUUUGCUGAGAACAAAUCCAGUCUCCGUGCCCUUGGGUCAGUACCCAGAGGAUGUGAAGUUUGGGGAACCUCGCGAAAUUUCAUUGCGAGUUGGUAAUGGUCCUACGCUUGCAUUUUCGGAGCAGGGUCUGCUAAAGUCAAUCCAGCUCACCCAGGAUAGUCCGCAUGUGCCGGUGCAUCUAAAGUUCCUCAAAUACGGCACUCGAACGCAUGGAGAUCGUUCCGGAGCAUAUCUGUUCCUGCCCAACGGGCCUGCUUCGCCCAUCCAGCUUACCAAACCAGUGGUGCUGGUGACCAAGGGCAAAUUGGAAUCCUCGGUGAGCGUGGGCCUGCCAAAUGUGGUGCACCAAACCAUAAUGCGUGGCGGAGCACCUGAGAUUCGCAACCUAGUUGACAUCGGCGUGCUGGACAACACUGAGAUUGUGAUGCGAUUGGAGUCACAUAUCGACAGUGGCGACAUCUUCUACACCGAUCUCAAUGGACUGCAGUUCAUCAAGCGCCGGAGACUGGACAAAUUACCCUUGCAAGCCAACUAUUACCCAGUUCCAUCUGGCAUGUUUAUCGAGGAUGCCAAUAUGCGACUUAGUCUGCUUACGGGUCAACCCCUGGGUGGAUCUUCCCUGUCUUCCGGUGAACUGGAGAUCAUGCAGGACCGUCGCCUGGCUAGCGACGAUGAACGUGGACUGGGACAAGGUGUCUUGGACAACAAGCCGGUGCUGCACAUCUAUCGCCUGGUGCUGGAGAAGAUUAACAACUGUGCCCGUCCAUCAGAGGUGCACCCCGCUGGUUAUUUCACCAGUGCUGCCCACAAGGCCUCCCAAUCCCUGCUGGAUCCGCUGGAUAAGUUUAUAUUCGCUGAAAAUGAGUGGAUUGGGGCACAGGGGCAUUUUGGCGGAGAUCACCCAUCAGCCCGCGAGGAUCUGGAUGUUCCUGUGAUGCGACGUUUGACUAAGAGCUCGGCUAAAACACAGCGUGUUGGCUAUGUUGUGCAUCGCACCAAUCUCAUGCAGUGCGGCUCCCCAGAGGAGCGGGCACAGAAGCUGGAUGUGUGCCAACUACUGCCAAAUGUGGCGCGAUGUGAACGAACGACGCUCACCUUCCUACAGAACCUGGAGCACUUGGAUUCCAUGGUGGCGCCGGAGGUGUGCCCCAUGGAAACUGCGGCCUAUGUGAGCAGCCACACAAGCUGAUCGCCACGGGUCCUUCAAAAGGAUGCCAGCGCAAAGGAGCAGCGGCAAAAUGACAACUUAUGAAUCUCGGACGCUAACUCACUGCAGUACAGGCAACCUUCGUUUAAUGAUCAAUUCAAAAGCACUGACUGCACCAGAACACGAUGCGUAAUGCAUACUACGUAAUUUUAUUUAUUCAAGCUUCCUCAAGUGGGUUUGGAAAUUCAAUCCUAUGACGCAGCGGUGUGUUUUUUGCACCCCCUUGUUACUACACAUUUUACUUUGUUUCCCCUAGUUUUUUACGUUUUUGUGAUAUCCCUUCAGUCCCACAGCAAGCAAUACAUGUCUGUCUUCUAUAUCCCAAAGGGGAUAUUGCCUAAAAACCACGAAUCGUAACUACAUAUAUCUAACGUUUUACUGUAAUGUAAGCUUAGUGAUAAUGAUGCAAUGGCAAUGAUAUUAAUCUCGACGUUUGUUUUGUAUCGAACCGAAUAAAUUGAGUCUCAUUUUAGAA